GCUGGUCAUUUCCAUUCUUACCAGACAUGACGUUGGAGCAUUCAAUUUCUGUUGAUUUUUUUUCUUGAUUUUUUAUUUUAUUUUCCAGACUUUGAUUUUGAUUCUUAAUGUAAAUAUAUGUAUUUUUUUCUCGACCACAGUUGUUUGGAUUUGGGGUUUGGAUAAUUUCCUUUGUAAUGUAAGUGUACUCAUUAUUUUAGACCCUAGUUUUGCUACCUUGUAGGUCCAUGUUGUAGAUUUUCUUAAGUUUACUUUUCUUUUGCGCCCACAUUUGGCAAAAUAUUUCACCCUAGAAGUAGGCGUAUUCAGUUUUUGAAAAGCAUGGGAGACUGAUUGUUGAUGACUUAAGGACCAUGUUCUGAGCCGCAUCAGAGCUCACCCCUCGUCUUGACACCUGUGAGGACACAAGGAGGACUUAGUCACCUAAAGAGCCUUUAAGUGACUGCUCCAGUCAUUGCAUGACUGCACAACCCUGACGCAUCUGCAGAGGACCAGACUGCGACAAUGGAGAGUAUUUCAAACGAAAGUGACUUUUGGCAAUUUAACGAAUCCUGGCGGAACUCAAGUCUCGUUAACGGGACCGGUUGGUUAAACCAGUCGAACCCUCUGAAGAGGAAUGAAGAGGUGGCGAAGGUGGAGGUGACUGUGCUCGCUCUGGUGCUGUUUCUGGCGCUGGCGGGGAACCUGUGCGUCCUGCUGGCCAUCCACACCACCAAGCACAGCCAGUCGCGCAUGUAUUACUUCAUGAAGCACCUGAGCAUCGCCGAUCUAGUUGUGGCGAUAUUUCAAGUUCUCCCUCAACUUAUCUGGGACAUUACCUUUCGUUUCUAUGGACCGGACAUUCUGUGCAGGUUGGUGAAAUACCUACAGGUUGUUGGGAUGUUCGCCUCCACUUACAUGUUAGUUUUGAUGUCGGUUGACAGGUGUUUGGCGAUCUGUCAGCCUCUUCGUUCCUUGCACAGAAGAAAAGACCGUAUUUAUGUGAUCUUCUCCUGGGUCCUGAGCCUGAUUUUCAGUAUCCCGCAAAUGUUCAUUUUCUCCCUGAUCGAGGUGGGCUCUGCCGGUUCAGGAGUGUAUGACUGCUGGGGCGACUUCGUUAAGCCUUGGGGUGCCAAAGCGUACAUCACAUGGAUCAGCCUCACCAUAUAUAUCAUUCCAGUGGCGAUACUGAGCAUCUGCUACGGGCUGAUAAGCUUCAAAAUAUGGCAGAACUUUAAACUGAAAACCAGGAGGGAGCAGUGCAUCAGCCUGACGCCCAAAGCCUCCAAAUGCAACACACUGGCCCGCGUGAGCAGCGUGAAGCUCAUCUCCAAGGCGAAGAUCACCACGGUGAAAAUGACUUUUGUCAUCGUCGUGGCUUAUAUCGUCUGCUGGACCCCCUUUUUCUCUGUCCAGAUGUGGUCUGCGUGGGAUCCAGCAGCGCCCCGUGAGGCCAUGCCCUUCAUCAUCUCCAUGCUGCUGGCCAGCCUCAACAGCUGCUGUAACCCCUGGAUCUACAUGUGCUUUGCCGGUCAUCUGUUCCAGGAUCUCAGGCAGAACUUUCUGUGCUGUUCCACUCGCUACCUCAAAUCCUCCCAGUGCCGCUGCGAGCGUGACUUUGACUCCAGCCACAAGAGCAACUCCUCAACCUUUGCCAUCAAGAGCACGAGCAGCCAGAGGAGCAUCACACAGACUUCCACCACAUGAGCUCCCGCUUUCCUCCUCGCCAUCGCCUAUAAAGCAUCCCUCAGUCAGAUACCUCUCGCCCUGAGGCUUGCUGUUCAAGUCCUUAUGGGAAAAAACAACUUUUAGUUACAUUCCUUUACAGUGUACAGUGGAAAUGGAAUUGUGAAAUAGAAAAAUGUACAGAAUAUUAUGAAGGGUGCAAGAUUUUAUCCAUAAAGACGUACGAGAUAAUCACGGACCAAGCUGAGCGAUCACCUGAAUCCUUUUCUUUGUCAUUCUUGUUUGAGAUGUACAGUGUAUAUUGACAUAUUUACAGUGCAGAGGGAGCACUGUCAGCCUCCUACGUCGUACACAAUUGAUUCGGUUGUUGUCACCAGCAAAGCUUGUGGAUUCUGUUUGUCUGUGUUAUGAUAAAAAUACUCACCUGUUAUAAAUAUUGCGUACAAUGUUGUUCACUUUGUUACAUUUGCAGUGGAUCGCUUACAUGUAAACUGUUACUUGAGAUAUUGUUCGAUGUGAGAUGUCAUGGCCGUCACUGGUAAAAGUUUAAAAAGAAGCUUGAAAAAUACAUAAGGAGGGAAAAGCAGCACAAAUGUACAGAUGACCGCAUUAUUUACACCUGGCUGACGCUCAUUAGAGCUCCAAGUGCCUCCUGAAAACCUUGGUAAGGUGUCUGGAAAUGUUCCAGAGGGAUGUUUGUCAGCCCUGAAUCAAUAACGUCACAGAGUUCCUGAACAUUUUUGGCAGUACACUGAAACUUGGAACUUCCUGUUCAGCUCCAAAAUGCAUUAUUGGGCUGAGAUGUGGAGACUGUCCAGACCGCUGGAGUGACCUAAAGUGACGCAUGUUUCUGGAGGUAUCUUGGGGCAACAAUAGUUGCGUGACAUGGUUACAAACUUGCAGGAAAUGACAAUAAAGGUAAACUUUGGCCAUGACUUGCUUCUAGCGUUCUUUGUUGCAAACGUAAUUAAGUCUGAGGCUGUUGUUCUGUCAGUUGUGUUUAUAUUCAUUAUACAAAUAUAUGAGCUGUUUAGGAUAUAAACCUUUGUUGUUUUAAUUAUAGCACAUCAAUUCUUAUUGUCAAAAUGAAAAGUGACCUGAAUUAAAGCAAAAACUGC